AUGUCAGACAUACAAAGUAUAAAGAUAAUUUCCACCGAAGUGGUGGACGUACCUAAAUCGCAUGUUGUAUAUGUGAUACAGGUAUCAACUCCUAUACGGACUUGGACGGUCAAAAGACGGUAUUCAGAUUUCAUAUCGUUACAUUCCGAAUUGAAAUCGUCAGUGGGUAAAGAACCGCCUGGUAGUCUACCUGCAAAGCAUUGGAGCUUGAUCAAAGGUGUGGGGGAUGAUAAGCUGAUACGCGAACGUCGUAUCCUUCUCGAACAAUACCUCAUCCUGAUUCUCACAAAUAAAGACCCAUCUUUCAGACAAUCAUACGGAUUCAAAGAUUUCCUCUCUGUCGCAUCAAAUACCAAUCCUUCUCACCCUUCUUCGGUCAACUUCACUUCUCAAUCAUGGUUGCUUGAACAUACCUCACUCCAAAACCUGCUUCGUUCAGCUCGUUCGGCAUUACUCAAGCGCGAUGCACUAGCCUCCAUGGGCGAUUCAGUCGCGUCGAGAAGUUCAAGUAUAGAAGCUAAGAAGAUACUUAAAGAGGCUUCACAGCGUAUACAUACUUUGGAAGAUGCCCUGGGAUUAGACAGUAUGGCCAGUAUGGGUGAAGGGGAGAAGAAAAGGAGGUAUGAGAUGGUUGAACAGUUGAAAAUUGAGAGAGAGACUUUGAAUAGGAUGGCAGAAGUGGGUAUAAGAACUUCGACUUCGGCAUUUUCAAGAAAUUCUGAACCAUCUGGAAGUAGAAGUAAUGGUUCUUCUUCAUUUGAGCCCACGGGGACCACUAGGUCAAAUGGAGGUUCGUUAAAUUCUUUACCUGGUGGUUUUCCCCAGGGACAACAAAUAAGUAUAGGAAGGACGUUUGGUGUCAAGUCACCUCCACAGGAGACAUCUGAAACUAGACCGUUAGAUGAUAGAGGUUUGUUACAAUUACAAGUUCAGAAAAUGGAUAAUCAAGAUGAUCAAUUGAAAGAAUUGUCGAAGUUGUUACAGAGGCAAAAACAAAUGGGUGAAGAGAUUCAUCAGGAGAUUGGAGAACAGAAUGAUUUGUUGGAUGAGAUUGAGAGUGGAGUUGAUAAGACGGGUAGGAAGUUGGGGAAGACUAAGAGGGAAUUGAAUAGGUUGGGAUAG